AUAGGUUUUAGUAGGGAAGAAAUAUAAUGAGUGGCAUUGCUCGCUGCAGUAAGUACGAUCGAGACGCUAUAUUUAUUAUUACCGAGCUCAAUAAGUCGGCCAGUGCACAUGCGUUCGCCGUCCGACACUUGAGUAGCAUCGAAGGUAUUUAAUCGUGCUACCCCCGCUGCCAGUAUGUCAGUGUGCCUCGUUAAAAAAACUUGUAGACGACCUAACCUCGUUUUGCUCGGCUUCGUUUGACACGCGAAUUAUGUGAAAAAACGAAACAAAAAUGCGUCUUUACGGCAAAUUUCUUUGCAACCCUUAUGCUUGGAGAGAGAGGGCUGCGACGAAAGUCUCCUUCGACGCUGUUACUCCGAUAAUAGUUGUGCCGCUGUUGAUGUUUGUAGCAGCACAAAGUUUGUUGUGUUCGGUUGUCGUGUUUUCAUUGACGCCGCUUUUGAUAUACUACGUUCAUCGCAACUUCCUCAGGUUUCUCAUGAGGACCAAGUUCUUCUUCGUGUGGAUUAUUACGAGUAUCUUUGUUCUAAUGCUCAUCUUCGAGGUGAACGUUGUGCCAUUGCUGGAGAUCCUGCCUGAGGAGAAUCUUGCCUUCAUGAUUUUCGUUAUUGGUGGACUCACUUUUGGUUUUAUCACUAGAGAGAAGGCUGAACAUCCAUGGACUUACAACGAUGAAGCUUAUGAAAGGCUUGAGCUUGGUGCAGUUUCUGUGGAUGCUUGUAGUAUAUGUAAGAAAUCUACCCAACCCAUGACUUACCAUUGUAGAGUUUGUCAGACUUGUGUGUCUGGUCGACAGUAUCACAAUAAAUGGCUAGAUUGCUGUAUUGGUGCUAGUAAUUUGUGGUGGUACUUGGCAUGUCUGUUCUCUUCUGCAUUUGCAUUGAUUUUUGGAUCAAACUUAACAUUCACUACUAUUUGUCAUCCAUUUGUAUUUGUAUGGACCAUUCUGUUGCCUGACGAUUGCAGUGAUGCAUAUCAUCAAUUAGAUAUUUCUAUUUGUUUUGUCGGCGGAAUCUACAGUCUGCUUCUUGGAACAGUCAUGGCCUUUUACUUCUUCUUUCAUCUGUGGUUGAUGUAUCAAAAGACAACAGCAAAUGAGAGAAAACUACUUUAUAGCACUCAACCUACUGCUGGAUUCUUGAGAAAUGCAGCUCAACGUUGUUGUAAAUUGUUGUCUUAAUCGAUUUUUUAGAGCACUUACAAGUAGGCACUUAAUUUAUCUUUGAGUUCAUAUUUUCAAAGAUUAUUUAAUUUAAAAGCUACGGUCAAAAAACUAAACAUCUUUGAAAUUAGCACAUUAUUUAGUCAGUCUAAUCAAAGUACAUAUCGCUUAGUGUCGGCAUUUAAAACGUAGACACGUACGACUUAUUGCAUAUUGAAUAAUUGUAACUGUGAUACUUACAACUACAGUAUUAUCGAAGUGAAGAAAUUAGUUUACAAAGUUUUAAUGAAUUUUUAGCUUAUUUAUAAUUAAGACAAACGACGUCGUUAUAAUUACUGUACAAUGAUAAUUGAUAAGUUUACAAAAGGAAAAAAAAACGUGUGUGCAUGUGUGUGAGCACACCUACUACGUUAUUGUAUAUUUAAAAUAAGUUACUUAAGAAACUAGUGUCACACACACACACACACACAUUCGCGCAC